AUGCUAUUCUGUGAUCCAAGCAUGCUUCCCUGCUACAGAUCUGUUCAGUGUAUAGGCUAUUUGUCAGUUAAAAUACAUAGAUUCAUGCUAUAUACAUUCACAUUUAUAUAUUCCUUGGGUGUAUGA